GAUAAGUUUGAUAAAAUUGAGGAAUUCUUCAAACUCUUGGCCAACAAGUUCGACAAUCUCUCUAUUCUCAGAGAAGUACUUCAGGAGGAGAAGAGAGGGGUGAUGCGGAGACGCGUGAUCGAACUCUUCGCCUGUUCGCUUAGGAUGUGCGCAAUUGCGAUCAGAGACCCAAAACACAGGUUCAAAACAUGGGUGGCAACGCUCAUUGGCGAAAGUGACGCGGACGAGGAGCUGGCAGAAUUCAGAAGAAUUGAACACGACUUGCUCGAAAGUAUAAACAUGUGGACUCUUGCCGAAGUCACAGGUAUACGCAAAGGUUUACAGAGAUCGUCUACCAUAAGCAGCAAGUGGCAAGAGCUUCUUGUCUGGCUGUCCCGCGUUGAUUUCUUAGGAAAGUACAACGAAUUGAUAGACCGAGUUCACGAAAGACCUCGAGCAGGGAGGUGGCUUCUGGAAUCCGAGCCAUUUGUCAAAUGGAGAGACCAAGAUGAGGAUAGGCUCUGGUAUACAGGAAAGCGUGAGUUGCCGACAUGAGAACAGCUUAUUGUUUGUUACUGAUACGUUGCAGCCGGGGCUGGCAAGAGCGUCCUUGCAACAAUCAUCAUAAGACACCUCCAGGAAUUGAUCGGGCGCAAUGAUGAACAUAGCACUCGGCCUUCCGUUGCCUACCUGUAUCUUUCGAACGAAGUUGACUUGGAUCUAAAUUUGCUGCUCGGCACCAUUGC